AUGCCGUUUGCACAGCUUGUGCUAGGCAGCCCGGGAGCUGGCAAAAGCACAUAUUGCAAUGGCAUGCAACAGUUCAUGUCGGCGAUAGGGCGAAAAUGUUCAGUGGUCAACCUAGAUCCCGCAAAUGAGAAUAUGGGCUACGACUGCGCGAUAGACGUACGGGAUCUUGUAAAGCUGGAGGAGGUUAUGGAGGAGCACGACCUAGGACCAAACGGUGGCGUGCUUUAUGCGCUCGAAGAACUGGAGCAUAAUAUAGAAUGGUUGGAGAAAGGAUUGAGUGAGCUAGGCGAGGACUAUGUACUUUUUGAUUGUCCUGGGCAGGUUGAGCUCUAUACGCACCAUUCGUCAUUACGAAAUAUCUUCUUCAGGUUACAGAAGCUUGGUUAUAGACUUGUAGCACUACACCUUUCCGACUCAUACUGCCUCACCCUCCCUUCGCUCUACAUCUCCCAUUUGAUUCUUUCUCUGCGAGCUAUGCUGCAGAUGGACCUUCCACACCUCAAUGUCCUGACAAAGAUAGACAAACUCGCAUCAUACCCGCCCCUGCCAUUUAACAUCGACUUCUAUACCGAGGUUCAAGACCUAUCAUAUCUCCUACCAAUCCUUGAAGCAGAAUCCUCAGUCGGUCCGAAAUUCCAAGGGCUCAACAAAGCCAUAAUUGAAGUCGUUGAUAGUUUUGGUUUGGUGGGAUUCGAGACCCUGGCGGUAGAAGAUAAGAGGAGUAUGAUGCAUUUGCUCCAAGUCAUCGACCGAGCUGGUGGUUACGCAUUUGGGGGUGCGGAGGGGGCCAAUGACACCGUCUGGCAAGUCGCAAUGAGGGAAGGUACGACAACCAUGGAUGUCAAGGAUGUUCAGGAACGGUGGCUUGAUGCGAAGGACGAGUAUGACGAGAAAGAGCGGAGGGAGUGGGAGGAACAAGCUAAGGUUCGUGAUGAAGCUGAGCGGGCGAAAGAGGCUGAGCUUGCUCGGGAUGAGGAUGGUGAUCUCGAGCAAAUGUCUUUGCCGCCUGGAGGAAGUGGCAUGAAAGUAGUUAGAAGGAACCAAUGA